AUGCAGUUCUGCACAACAAUAACAUAACACACAUGCUGAGUGAGGCCAUGUUAUGGUAUACCGGGGCUGGGCCCAAAAGCACAACCAGGACAGCGAGUGUGCAGUAGUAGGUUCCGUUUAUUUAGAAGAACACACAAUGAGGAACCAGGAGUGUGGGGGUGAGGCUGGAAGCUGGUGGACUGGAGGCAGACAGCAGACCGCCACGAGACUGAGGAGAGCAGGCAGGCCGAGGCAGGAAUGCAGUCUGAGACAAGGCAGAUCACAUCAAAAGACCCAUGAAUGCUUUCAUGGUGUGGUCCAGAGGCCAGAGGAGAAAAAUGGCCCAGGAAAACCCAAAGAUGCACAACUCUGAAAUCAGCAAGAGACUCGGCGCGGAGUGGAAGCUGCUCUCUGACUCCGAGAAACGUCCGUACAUCGACGAGGCCAAGAGGCUGCGGGCUCAGCACAUGAAGGAGCACCCGGACUACAAGUACAGACCCCGGCGCAAACCCAAGAGUCUCCUGAAGAGGGACCGUUUCGUUUUCCCGUUGCCGUCUUUACUCGGGGACGCAGCGGAGCACUUGAAGGGAUUUUCCAUGGACUCCUUUCUUGUCCCCGGGGAUAAAGCCAGAGCUCUCCUCGCUCCCGCCUCCUCCUCCUCCUCUUCGUCCUUCUCGCUGCUGGAGCCGGUGGCGCAGUUCAGCACCGGAGCCGUCCAGCGGAUGGCGGAGAUACCGCACACUCUGGCCGCCGGCGCUCUGCCCUUCAGCGCGCACACGUUUGGAUACCAGACUGGAGGGAUUGCGGGUCUGGCUUGCCCCGGACAGCACACCCACACCCACCCGACGCCCUCCAGCCCGGGAUACGUGGUGCCGUGUAGCUGUAGCGCCUGGUCUGCUGCCAGUUUACAGCCUCAGGUAGCCUAUAUUCUCUUCCCUGGAGGGGUGACCAAGAACGGCAUGGACGCGUACACUUCACCCAGCUCCAGCGUGUGACAGACUGGAUACACUUAAAGACGUAACGGGAAAAGUUUGCGCACAGGACCUCCCCAUGUAAUAUGAACUGGGCACAGCAACACUGAGCGUUACAGGCAGGUGUUUCCGCAGAUAUUAAAUAGCCUACAUUUCAAAAUGCCAUAAAUUGCUGUUUACCUAGCCUACUGCUGAGCACUAAAAACACACCACAAGUCCCCAUAUUACUAGUUAUUCCAUGUAAAUGCAAAGUAAAGAUUUGGGGCACAAUGUGAGGAUGCAAUUUUGUUACUCUGUUGACAAAAACAUGAAUUCAAAACAGUUAUAAAAAUAAAAUGCAAGAGGCCCCCCGCAUAACUUUUCUAAAUAAUUGAUCAAAAUCAACAGACUACUUUGUCCACACCAGGCCCAAAAAACUCAUCAAGUCUAAUUUUUCACUUUUGAUUCAUACAUUCUUACAUUUGUCCCCCAGUAUGUCUGUCGCAGUAUAUAGGCCUGUUUCUUAUUUUGAAGUGGAAAUAAUAAAUGUUUCUAUAAAGCAUUGUCUUAUAAUUGGAGUUUUCUUUUCUUUGGAGACUGUUGUUUUCAAAAACGGCUAAUUGUAUAAAUAAUGGCUAAACAUUUUAUAUAAGCAGCUCAGUUGUGGAUAAUAAGUCGCUUUUCAGUGAGUAAUGUUGGUGUGAAGUUGAAUCAUUUUAUUGAUAUUAUGGUUUGUAUUUGGCAUUAAUCACAUCACUACACGUUUUCUUGAAAUCAUUUUUUUAUGUCUACUGAUUAUCAAUGUGUUAUUUCUAAAUGUUUUUUGUUAGAUGUCAUUUUAUGUCAGACAUCAGUUGUAAUAAUAACUGGGGGAAGUUUUCUAUCAAAGCAGUAUGUUUUCAUGUUCCUGACUACCUGCUUAUUUAAACUAGCUGACUUUUAACCUCCCGAUAAGGUGCACAACAAAGACUUACACAAAAGACAAACAGAUAUUAGUAUUAUACAAAAAAAAAAACAGAAGUCCAUUGAACUGACAAACAUAACAAAAUUACAUUUUCUAGUCCUAUCAUGUUUGGCUCUACUGUAUGAGUUUUGUUGUGUGUGUGUGUCUGUGAGAGGGAGUGAGAGCGAGCCAGACUAAUGAUAAGAGAAGAAUAGAAACUUCUCUCCUCCCCAGUUGUUGACAAAGUGAUAAGGUGAAAAAAUUGAAUCAUGGAAAGCGUACGAGGAACUGUUUGUUUCAAAGUUAGUAAGAGGGAAUGAGUCCCCUCACUAGAACCAGUUUCAGUCUCAGUGUUUAUCAAACUUAAAAUGGGAACGGCCACUGAUGCUAUAUCAGUAUAUUUGGGACAUGGACAGAGGGCAUUUGGGGGGUAUUUUUGCUUUUAUUAGAUAGUACACAGCAGAAAUGCAACAAAUGUCUUGAGCUGAAUCGGGGACAUUGUAAUAACAUGGUCAGCAUCUUUGACCCUUUGGCCACCGAGACACUCCAGGGAUUUCACUUAACACCCUGGGCAGCCCGGGGAGAAGAGAAAAUUCUUAGGAUGAAGUGCCGGGUUUAACGUCCCCAUGUUGUUGAGAUUUCAUCUUGCUGAAGUGUCCUUGAGCAAAACACCAAAUCUUCGUCAAUGCAAAGGCCAAGGGAUGCAGCUCUGUAGCUGAGCUUGACCUCUGGCCUCCAUGUGGAUGAGAAAAGGUUUUUUUUACAUUACUGGCUUGUCAUACCUCAUUAUAAAGUAACACCUCGGCCUGAUAUGAACUUUUACAUUCUGUCCAGGAUCAUAUAAUUGAGAAUCUCCACUUGUCAAGUGUGUUAUUUUUUCCAGUGUUUGUCUUACUUGCUUUUCGGCUAGUUCAUUACGUUGUGACACACUCAUUUCUGCCUCAUCUCUGGGUAUUUGUUUGUCUUUCUGCAGAGCUGCAUCAUUUUUUAGUUUGUGAGGGUGUUGGCAUGGCAAGUCACUGCUUAAUUUACUCACUGACCAGCUGCUGGCGAUUUACCGAAAGCCCUAUGGAGUCAGUGAUUCAGUUCCACGUAUUUACAUUUAAACAGUUAGUCCUCAUUUAGGUGCCAGGUGCGCCUAUCACCACUGUGUCCACACCUCUCAACACAAGGUAGCCCAACCCUGUAUCACCCACUGGGUGAAACCCAACCGCCUCCACCCAACGCCACCAUCACUACAAAGUGCCUCUUAGCCCAUUUUCAUUCUCUGCCUGCACACCACACACCUGCUCACCAUUGGCACCUUUACUUACACUCAUUUACAUAUGCAGCUAUACUUCAAGUAUUAGACUCUUUAUCGAUUUAAACUGGGCACAAACCAUCCACACACACACACACACACACACACACACAUACACUGUGCCUCCCAGGUAUAU